AAGAUUGUUCAAACUCCAACCUCAGCCACCAUCCACCAUCAGGUCCACCACAACCACCACCAUCUCAGCCACCAUCACCAUCUGCACCCAGAAAACGACCAUGGAUAAAAUGUGCAGUGUCAGAACUUGGACACAAAAAGCUUGAUGAUAUCUUCAUCUUGCUUACAAUAUUAGCACCAUCACCACCGGCCACCACCUAGCUUUGGUUGCCUUUAAUAUCAGAGAGGGAAUUUUUUCGGGUAACGUUUUCUUCACUUUGACUGUAUCAGCUACUCUUCCACAAGAGAUCUAGUGGCACUCUUCUUUUUGUACAGUUCACAUGCAUGGUUUCAACACUUUAGUGUAAAACUCAAGCAUCCAAGGCCUCCACGGGAACUGCUCUCACAUGCAUGUUGUCUCCUGAGUGGACUUUCUUUCACCAUCUCUGUACCUCCAUUCACUAUCACCAUUUUCAAAAUCAUCAAAAAAAUCCUCCUUUCUAUUAACCCAAGAUUUCUCAAAUCAUCAUCGCUCUAAUGGAGAAGCCAAACCACCAUUCCCUCUUGUUUUGCUCAUUCUUGGUAAUGAUGAUAACCAGUACCAAAACAUUUUUUGUAGUCUCUCUAUCUUCUGAUGGGGAAGCCCUUCUUUCUCUUAUCUCAGCAGCAGACCAAUCAGCAAAAGCAUCCUCACCAAUCCUCUCCUCAUGGAACCCAUCAAGCCCAACUCCAUGUUCAUGGCAAGGCAUUACGUGCUCUCCACAAAAUAGAGUCACUUCCCUUUCUCUCCCUAACACGUUCCUUAAUCUUUCCUCGCUGCCCUCGCAACUCUCCUCUCUUUCCUCUCUACAACUUGUCAAUCUCUCCUCGACUAAUAUCUCUGGCGCCAUCCCUCCUUCAUUUGGCCUACUCACCCAUCUUAGACUCUUAGACCUCUCCUCUAACUCUCUUUCUGGUACUAUACCACAGGAACUUGGCCAGCUCUCUUCCCUUCAGUUUCUUUACUUGAACUCCAAUAAAUUAUCUGGUAGGAUACCUCCCCAACUCGCAAACCUUACUUUUUUACAAGUUCUUUGCUUACAAGACAAUCUCUUCAAUGGUUCAAUACCAUCUCAAUUGGGUUCUUUAGUCUCGCUCCAAGAAUUUAGAGUUGGAGGCAAUCCUUUUCUUACAGGAGAAAUACCGGUACAAUUAGGACUGUUAACCAAUCUCACAACAUUUGGUGCUGCAGCAACUGGUCUUUCAGGGGUAUUACCACCCACAUUUGGGAACUUGAUCAAUCUUCAAACUCUGUCUCUUUAUGACACGGAGGUAUUUGGUUCUAUACCACCUGAACUCGGUUUGUGUUCAGAGUUAAGGAACUUGUACUUGCACAUGAAUAAGCUCACUGGUUCAAUCCCUCCUGAACUGGGUAAGUUGCAAAAACUUACUAGUCUGCUUCUUUGGGGAAAUGCACUAUCUGGAGCAAUCCCAGCUGAACUUUCAAAUUGUUCAUCACUUGUUUUGCUUGAUGCUUCAGCUAACGAUCUUUCAGGAGAAAUACCUGCUGAUUUAGGAAAGUUAGUGUUUCUCGAGCAGCUUCACUUGUCUGAUAAUUCACUUACUGGUUUAAUACCCUGGCAGUUGAGUAACUGUACAAGUUUAACUGCUCUCCAGCUUGACAAGAACCAACUGUCAGGUACAAUUCCAUGGCAGGUUGGCAAUUUGAAGUAUUUGCAAAGUUUAUUCUUGUGGGGUAAUUUAGUGUCUGGUACAAUACCAGCCUCUUUUGGGAACUGCACAGAAUUAUAUGCUCUUGAUCUUUCAAGAAACAAGCUCACAGGCUCAAUUCCAGAAGAGAUUUUCAGUUUGAAGAAAUUGAGCAAACUUCUGCUUCUAGGGAAUUCAUUAUCAGGGGGGUUGCCUCGCACUGUUGCAAAUUGUGAGUCUUUAGUGAGAUUGAGGCUUGGAGAAAACCAGCUUUCAGGUCAUAUUCCCAAGGAGAUAGGCCAGUUGCAGAAUUUGGUAUUUCUGGACUUGUAUAUGAAUCAUUUCUCUGGUGGCCUACCUUUGGAGAUUGCCAACAUCACGGUUCUUGAGCUGUUGGAUGUGCACAACAACUACAUUACUGGAGAGAUACCAUCUCUACUAGGAGAGCUUGUAAAUUUGGAGCAGCUUGAUCUUAGCAGGAACAGCUUCACAGGUGAAAUUCCUUGGAGUUUUGGAAACUUCAGUUACCUGAACAAGCUCAUUCUCAAUAACAAUCUGCUCACAGGGGCAAUCCCAAGGUCCAUCCGAAACUUGCAGAAGCUAACGCUGCUUGAUUUGAGCUAUAACAGCCUCUCUGGUCCAAUCCCACCUGAAAUUGGUUAUGUCACAAGCUUAACAAUUAGUUUGGAUUUAAGCUUAAAUGGAUUUACCGGUGAACUUCCUGAAACGAUGUCUAGCUUGACACAGUUACAGUCACUUGAUCUUUCCCAUAAUUUCCUUUAUGGAAAGAUUAGGGUUCUAGGUUCCCUUACCAGCCUAACUUCCCUUAAUAUCUCCUACAAUAACUUUUCAGGCCCAAUUCCUGUAUCACCAUUCUUCAGAACUCUAUCUUCAAAUUCAUACCUACAAAACCCAAGACUUUGUGAAUCCACAGAUGGUACUUCUUGUUCUUCGAGAAUAGUUCAAAGAAAUGGAUUAAAAUCAGCCAAAACUGUAGCUUUGAUUUUAGUUAUUCUGGCUUCAGUUACCAUUAUAGUUAUUGCUUCCUUGGUUAUAGUCGUGCGGAACCAUAGGUAUGCAAUGGAGAAAUCUUCUGGAGCAUUAACAGCUUCAUCAGGAGCCGAAGAUUUCUCCUAUCCAUGGACUUUCAUCCCAUUUCAGAAGCUUAACUUCACCGUUGAUAACAUCCUAGAUUGCUUGAAGGAGGAGAAUGUGAUCGGGAAAGGCUGUUCUGGGAUUGUUUACAAGGCUGAGAUGCCAAAUGGGCAGUUGAUAGCUGUGAAAAAGCUUUGGAAAACAAAACAAGAUGAGGAUCCGGUGGAUUCUUUUGCUGCAGAAAUUCAAAUUCUUGGACACAUUCGACACCGGAAUAUCGUGAAGCUUUUAGGCUAUUGUUCGAAUAGGAGUGUCAAGCUCCUUCUGUACAACUACAUUUCAAAUGGCAAUCUGCAACAGCUUCUGCAGGGGAAUAGGAACCUGGAUUGGGAAACGAGGUACAAGAUAGCUGUUGGUUCAGCUCAGGGUCUAGCUUAUCUUCAUCAUGAUUGCGUGCCAACAAUUCUUCACAGAGAUGUAAAGUGCAACAACAUACUUCUGGAUUCAAAGCAUGAGGCCUAUUUGGCAGAUUUUGGCCUGGCCAAACUGAUGAACUCUACAAAUUAUCAUCAUGCCAUGUCCAGAGUAGCUGGGUCUUAUGGUUAUAUAGCCCCAGAGUAUGGAUACACCAUGAACAUUACAGAAAAGAGUGAUGUUUACAGUUAUGGAGUGGUAUUGCUAGAGAUCAUAAGUGGCCGCAGUGCUGUUGAGCCUCAUUUAGGAGAUGGAUUACACAUAGUUGAGUGGGUGAAGAAAAAGAUGGGAAGCUUUGAACCAGCUGUAUCGAUACUAGAUGCAAAACUUCAAGGUUUGCCGGACCAAAUGGUGCAGGAAAUGCUGCAAACACUAGGAAUUGCAAUGUUCUGUGUGAACUCUUCGCCUGCAGAGCGCCCCACCAUGAAGGAGGUGGUGGCAUUGUUAAUGGAAGUAAAGAGUCCACCGGAAGAAUGGGGAAAGACUUCUCAACCUCUAAUAAAACAGUCAUCGAAUCAAAGUUGAAAUAAUUUUGGUCCUUGUUUUUCUUUGCUUCCAAAGUAAUCAUUGAUUGAUUCUCUUUCUAUCCCAAGAAGACAAGAGGAAUUGAAGAGUGUGCUUUGGGUAUUGUUAUCAGAUUUAGCUGGUGGUCCUGGAUGGGUUUCUUGUACAGUUGUAGAAACAGCAAUGUGGUUGAAUCUGCUUCAUCCUUUGCUUUUUCCCAUUUACAAUUUUUUAUUUACAUGCAACUCUAUGCAUUUCCUUUUUGCC